GCCCACAGCAGCACCCGCAGCCCGCGCCCGGCCCCGCCGCCCUCCGGCGCCUCGCCCCGCGUCGCGAAGAUGUUGCAGGCCAGGCCCGCGGCCGCCAGGUGCUCCGCGGCCCGGCACGCGUCUCGGCACAGCGCCGGCAGCGCCGCGGGACCCGCCGCGUAGAAGAGGAAGGCGGGCGCGGGGACGGCGCGCAGGAGGCUGAGGCCGCGGCAGAGCGGCUCGGCCGGCGCCGUCUCCACCAGCAGCGGCCGUGGCAGGUAGAAGCCGUGGAGGUGCAGGUGGUUCACGGAGGCGCGGCCGCCCAGCCCGUUGAAGCCCACGCGGAAGCCCGGGUGCGCGCUGAGGAACGCGGCCUCCAGCGCCCCGUGCAGCGCCGGCGCCGUGAGCGCCUGCGGCAGCCGCCGCGCCGGCUCCGGCAGCAGCAGGACGUGGCCGCGCUCCAGCGGGCUGGCGUUGAUGGCCACCAGCAGCGGGUCGCGGGCGGCGGGGCCGGCCCCGCGCAGCCGGAGCAGCACCUCGCCGCGCCGCAGCCGCGUGAAGUUGAAGGCUCGGGGGUCGAAGGGCUGCCGGAGGCUCUGCACCAGCUGCGGCGGCCGGCGCUCGGUGCUGCGCUGGACGUUGAGCUGGGCCACCAGGCGCAUGGGGCCGGGCAGGACGCGAGUGGGCAGCGGCCCCAGCUGGUACCGAAAGAAGCCGCGCUCCAUCCUGUCGGUCCAGCUGUCCAGCAGCGCCCGGUCGAAGCGGGACAGCGCGGAGUCCGGUUCGGCCUCCCAGCCGGCUGCCUGCACGACGAAGUCCUCCUCCCCGUACACAAACUCCUCGGGGCCCGGUUCGUCCGGUUCCCCGGGGCCCUGCUCCUCGUCCGCCGCCGCCAUCGCCGCCGGUGCGCGGGGGCGGGGCUUGAGGCCACGGGGCAGGGCUUUGCCACGGGAGCGGCAGAGUGACGUGCGCGGCGGAAGCGGUGCGGGCAGCCAUGGGGGGCUCGGCCAGCUUGCUGCCGCGGGAGGCGCUGGGCGAGUACCAGGAGCUGACGUUCCUGAGCAAGCAGGAGAUCCUGCUUGCCUACAAGAGGUUCAGUGAACUGUUGCCAAAGGAGGAGAGGGAAAAUGCCUGCUCCGCGCGCGUUCCCAAGAGCCGCAUCCUGACGCUGCCGGAGCUGCGGGCAAACCCCUUCCAGCACCGGAUCUGCCACGUGUUCUCCACCUCGGAUGAUGGGGACGACAGCAUGUCUUUUGAAGACUUCCUCGAUAUGCUGAGCGUCUUCAGCGACUCCGCUACCUCGGACAUCAAAUCUCACUACGCCUUCCGCAUCUUUGACUUUGAUGACGAUGGGACUCUGGACAGAAAGGACCUGGAGAAGCUUGUGAACUGUCUGACGGGACAAGGGGAGGAGUCCCGGCUGAGCACUGCGGAGAUGGAGCAGCUCAUCCAAAACAUCCUGGAGGAGUCUGACAUCGACAAGGAUGGCACCAUCAACCUCUCCGAGUUCCAGCACGUCGUCUCCCGCUCCCCGGACUUUGCCAGCUCCUUCAAGAUCGUCCUGUGAGCGCCCUGUGGUUCUCCAGCAGAACUGCUCCUCCUGCUCUUGCAGCUCCUCGUGGUCUCAGACGUUUCCUCUUCCAGCGGCAGCACCCAGAGGCCCCCCCGGCUCCUCACCUGCCCCGCAGUGCCGCACAGUGCCUUAGGCAGGAUGCCCUCCUGCUCCCGUUCAAAGGUGGCUCUGGAAGGUGCUGCCUUCCCGGCAGCCCCUCUGCUCUCCCAGGAUCGCAUUUUAAUUCCUUAUGCAAACCAAGGGCAGCUCUGGUGGGGUGCUGCUGGCUGGGGCCCCCUCUCUGCUCUCAGUACCAAUUCGUGCCUUCAGCAGCAGGCAGGGAGCUGCCUCUCCUCACCAAGCCCCUGCCCGGGGACAUGGAUCCGUUUCUCCAAGCAAUAACCCACACGUGGAUCCGUUUCUCCAAGCAAUAACCCACACGUGGAUCCGUUUCUCCAAGCAAUAACCCACACGUGGAUCCGUUUCUCCAAGCAAUAACCCACACGUGGAUCCAUUUCUCCAAGCAAUAACCCACACGUGGAUCCGUUUCUCCAAGCGAUAACCCACACGUGGAUCCGUUUCUCCAAGCGAUAACCCACACGUGGAUCCGUUUCUCCAAGCGAUAACCCACACGUGGAUCCGUUUCUCCAAGCGAUAACCCACACGUGGAUCCGUUUCUCCAAGCGAUAACCCACACGUGGAUCCGUUUCUCCAAGCGAUAACCCACACGUGGAUCCGUUUCUCCAAGCAAUAACUCACUGCUCUGAGCAGUGACCCAAGGGGCACUGUGGAUGUGCUGUCCUGGCAGCAGGGCUGUCCCCUCAUGGCUGCACAGGGCGCUGACCAUGCUUGGGGCCUGCUCCCUUUUCCCCCCCCUUUCCCUCCCUGCCCCGGCCUCUUCCUCCCUCUGCGCUGCUGGACACAAAUAAAGGGCUCUGGUUUCAGGCUC